UGAUAAUUAUCGAGUGCGUCCCGGUGUGGGUAGUGCGACAACCAGACCAGUUCUCUCGGCCGUGUUCGGUGUUGAAAUUGCUGGUGAGAGAUGACUACGAGAGCCGACAAGAUCAACACCAAUUUCAUCUGAAACCAAACAAUAUCGAGGAUGAGAGUGCGGACAACAUCAAGGCGAUGCUGGAAUAUAAGCGUUGCCCAACAGGAAAACAACCGUUAGUUGCUGGCCUUUUCCCAUAGCGUGUGGUUGCCAGCCACAGGUGUGAACGGCCCAAUGAUGACCGACUUGGCCGUCGUCAUUUGUCCGCUAAUGGCUUUUCUACUCUACUACAACACCCUGCAGGCCGGAUUCGUCUACGACGACAAACGGGCUAUUUUGGAUAAUGCGGAUGUCGCUACAGAGUCGCCUUUGGCGGAUUUGAUGUCGCACGAUUUUUGGGGGACUCGGCUGAACGCUUCCGGCUCUCACGGAUCGUAUCGCCCGUUGAUAACGUUGUCAUUCCGGUGGACAGCUCAACUGGUUGGACUGGAUCGAGCCUAUUGGCACCACUGGAUCAACGUUAUGCUUCAUUGCGCCGUUACGUCUGCCGUCACUUUAAUAGCCGGAAGAGUUUCAGUGUUUUUAUUCCGCCGAGACUAUUCCUACGGCAGUUACGUCAGCGGUUUGCUCUUUGCCGCCCAUCCGGUCCACUGCGAAGCGGUGGCCGGAUUAGUCGGAAGGGCCGAUAUGGUCUGCACUUUCUUCUUCCUGGCCGGCCUUUUCACCUACACCAAACGGAAUUUGACAGGCACUUUAAUUCUGACUUUGGCCGCCUUCCUCAGCAAAGAAUACGGAAUCAUGUUGACGCCCGUCUGUCUUCUUUACGAUCUCGUCGUCUUUAGCCGCUCUCGAAUGAAACGGACAAUAUUUAACUGGGCCGUUUUAACCGCUUGGUCUAUCACCUUGGUGACGUUCCGCUUUUGGCUGUCUGGUUUUCACACACCACAAUUUGCUAGAGCGGACAAUCCAACAGCUGCAUCGCCGUCAUGGACCACCCGCUCCCUAACGUUUCUCUAUUUACCGGUAUUCCAUUUUGGUCUGCUCCUGUGGCCGCGUUGGCUCAGUUUCGAUUGGUCCAUGGACGCCAUCCAGCCCGUCACUUCACUCAAAGACAUCCGCAAUUUAGCGACGCUCGUUUUCUACAUAGUUUUAGCCUUGGCCAUCCGGAAAAUUGUGUCGACUCGACACCAAAAAUAUAGAAUCGUCUUGGCUCUGGCCGUCAUCACAACUAUAAUUCCUUUUCUUCCGGCUACGAAUCUCUUCGCUUAUGUUGGAUUUGUCGUUGCCGAGCGGAUUUUGUAUUUACCAUCGGUCGGAUUUUGCUUGUUGGUCGGACUGGGAGUGCAAAUGUUGAUCAAACAACGACAGUUUCAUCAGAUGAUUUUUGGUUCGAUCCUGAUUCUUUUAUUGGCGUCGGGUUGGCGAACAAUAAAAAGGAAUGGCGACUGGAUCGACGAGGAGCACCUGUACCGUUCCGGCAUUGAAAUCAAUCCACCUAAAGCGCACGGCAAUUUGGGCGUCGUCUUUCAACAAUCCGGACGGUUGACUGAAGCCGAAUGGAAUUUCAAACGAGCUCUAUCUUAUCGUCCCAACAUGGCCGACGUUCAUCACAAUCUGGGGAACCUGUUCCAGCAACAAUCUAGAUAUGAAGAGUCUCUACAGGCCUACAAUAAAGCCAUCCAUUUCCGUCCGCAAUUAGCUGAGGCUUUUUCUGAAAAGGCGAAAGUUCUCUACAAGUUGAAACGGUGGGCAGAAGCAGAAAGGACCUUGCUGGAUUGCACUCGGUUGAAGGACGAUUUUCUCAGAGAUCCCAGGGCCCACCAAACUGCCAAAGUGUCGGCCACCAUACUGCUGGGCGACUUAUUAUCUAAAAAUUCGUCCCGCGAAAAGGAAGCUGAAAAUUGGCUACUGCAAGCACGUCAACUAGCACCGAAAAAUCCUCUCGUCUACUAUCAGUUGGGCGAAUUCCUAUCUGCACGUUCGAGGCACAACGAAGCUGCAGAGGUGCUCAUCCAGGCCGCCGAGAUGGACCCCAACAAUGUGGCCUGGACUGUGGCGGCCGCUCACGCUUUGCACGACGCCAGCCGCAAUGUUGAAGCGGAAGUCUACUUCCGGAGAGCCGUCAACCUUUUCCCAAUGGAUAUUUCGCAUAGACUUAAUUUAGGUGCCGUGCUGCACGUCCAGGGAAAAUUGGACGAAGCCGAACAAGUUUACCUCAAGGCUCUUCACCUUUCGCCCAAUCAUCCGCUGACGACGGUCAAUCUGCGACGCCUUCGCAACUCGUUGCUGAACAUGAGAUCGUCACAGCACCAAAAUCACAAAUGCAAUCAAAGUCUAACUUGAAACUGAAUAUGUACAUAAUUCAAAUUUUACAUCAAAUUUGAUUUGUAAAAAAAAAAAAAUUAAGUUUUUGUCAAAUUGUUGGAUUUCACGAGAAAUCACUUUUAUCAACACGAAUUGAAUCUUAUUACCGAAUUUGAUAUUACUAAAUUUGAUGUGUCACAACGACGUGGACAAAAUCAAAAUGGCCUAAAGUUUGAAUUGGCAAACCUGUGUGGUGGCUAUGAUUCGAAUUUGACUCGAUUUAAUAAAAGCCAAGAAUGAAAAUA